AAGAAGUUCAGACCGAAGUUGAAUAGUCUCGCAAGGAAACGUAAGACAUUAGAAAAGAACAAGAAGAAAUGUCGGAGCACUGUCAAGGUCAUAAAAGAGAAUUGGGAAACUACUAAAACUCCUCGGGAAAAUGCACUCUCAAUGGGAUUAGCAUUCAACUCCAAUGAGGCAGUCCCGGUGGUACAACCUCAUCGAGAUAUCAUCGAUAUGGUGACCAUCGAAGAAAUGGAUUUGGCUGAGGCUCGAGCGUUAGGAACAGUAGCAGAACAAAGACGCAAAAAGCAGCAGGAGAAAAACGCUGUCCUCACAAAGGAAAAGGCAGUGAAGGUGGUUUCGACUUUGGAGUCUGAAGCCGCUGAGCAGCAAGGCUUUACGAGAAUCUUCCGUAAGGACUGUGCGGUUACCAGAUAG